AUGUCGAUGAGCUACGCUGCAGUCGCCAAGACGCCUCCAGACCCCCGUGUGGUCACGGAGACGAUGCUGGACGCUGCAGAGCUGGAGGAUUUCAGCCCGCACAUCGACAGCAACAAACUCCUCAUCGGCCUCUACGACUCCGACAAUGAACUUUUCAAGAGGUGGUACCACGUCUUGUCCCCGGUAUUGGAGGUGGCAUCUCCAGUGAUGGCCAACUUGAUCAGGACGCAGUCCAACACGGUCGGCGAGCACCGGGUUCUCGUUGUCGAAGGCGUGGUGUCAGAGGCCCUCGAUUGCAUCUUCUCCGUUCUGCACCAUUGGAACAUCAUCGCAUACAAGUCUCUCGAGAUCGACCAAAUCGUCAGUGUUGCCGGAUGUAGCUCCAAACUUGGCUUCAACAAAGCCCUCAGUUCGUGGGUCUACCGCUGGUACGAGCCGCACAUUGCACAGAUUGCUUGUGGCAACCACAUCAAGCCCGACACCCUCGGCCCCCUCUUGGAAAGCGCCAAAGACUUCGAAGCACCCGAACAGUUCUCCAAAGUUUGGAUGGAAGCUGUCCGGAAGCUUUCCCCUGCCGAUUUCACUCCAGCAAUGCACGAUAAACCUCUAGUACCGGAGGGUAUGAAAGACGCACUUUCCAUCGACGUGGCUGCGUUGCUCACUCGGAUGACGGACGAUAUCUCAAACCUCGAUGGCCCACUGCAGAUUGGUCGUACGCAGUUUGCCACUCGUUUCUACCGUUGCCCAGAUUGCGGCAGACGACAAAAUACAUCAUCUUGCAGCAACUGCUGUAUUCCCUUCGAUGACCAAGAUGUCAGCAACUGCAACAAGCAGUCUCGCAUCGCUGAUUUCUUCAACAUCUUCAUGAAGGCAGGAAUGUGGCCGCCCUCCGUACCACGUCAGAAGUUCUCCGCUAACCAGCUCGCCCAACACGUCUACGUGCUCAACGAAUACCUUGAGCACAGUUGCACCGGCGAGCAUAGCUGUCCUUUGCGAUUCCAUAUCACAGGUCUUUCCCAGAGACUGAACCGCACGCUCAAGCAGGUACCUGAGCCAAACUUGAAGGCUUCGGGCUUUUUUCAGGGGUAA